AUGGUUUUGUGUAUUCAGCGUGGAACGUGGAAGGCGACCGAUAACGUGGCCAAGUGCAACAUCAAAUUCGAACAACUGGAAGAACAACAUGGGGAUAGGAAAUACAUCGAGUGGACGGAUGAUAUAAACCUGCUCGAUGCUCGAGGUCGCGGUAAUUUUGAAGGCACUGUUCCCUCCACUCCCCCACCAGGAGUGAGAGGUACGCAUAUUCCUGGUUUCAAGAAUUUCCCAGCAGCGGAGUUGGUCGAGGAGGGCCUAAUGCGAGACAACGACGAAAUCCGCAGCUGUGAGUUUACUUAA